AUGCUCAAUCAUCUUGAUAUUCAUUGGAAGGGCUAUCCUUAUCACCAUCUGCCACGAAUUCGCGUCGUCUCGACCCGUCCUGACUCGAUCCAUACUCGAAGCUCAACCAGUUCUGAGCAGAACUCCAAAAUCCUCAGGAUCCCGAACGAUAAGGAGAACAGGAAUUGGCCUUUUGGAAUACAAUUCCGUCGUCGACGAGCACCAGCCUCGAGAGCUGCUUCCUACGUCGUGCGCUCUCAAGGACGUGCUUCUGUUCGGGCAAGGCACAGUAUAGAAGUUUUUAGGCGGGCUAUAUCAGGGGCAGAACCUGCAAGCGAAGCCACUACUGGGGCCACCUUUGGGUCCGGAUAUCGUGCCUUAGCGCGGCGGACUGUAUUCCGACCAGAAUCCCCUGAAGACUCUGGUUUUCACUCAACCGACGGUCCGGCAAGCACUUCUGCGAGACGGGUGAGACCACCUAAGAAGUCCGAAGCCUAUUCGUUGAGGAGUCUUUCCAAGGCGCCCGCAUACUGGACAGCACCGUAUCCGCAGAAGUACUCGUUCAAUCCUGAUCGAUUAUACUCUGCCCAACACUCGAUACCCCUUCGGAAAGCUAGUAAUCGCAUUUCUACGCAAUUUCUAUCCAAUCCAGAGAGGCGUAUAUCGUCUGCCCGGCCUCAGUUCAAACAAAAUACUCUCCGAAAACCGACCUCACGAGUAUCGUCAGGGCGAAAAACCAAGGGUGUUGGCUCUCCAGAGUUCUGGGAAGCCGUCCAGGAUUACAGUCGAAAUUCCAAAGCUCAUGGACGAUCUUCUGCUUCCCUAAAGUCUAUUGUCCAGACUCUGGUAUCAGAGAGCGCCUCUCGCAGUCCCAGCCAGAAAAGAGCGCUUGCCAGGUUUACCAAGGGAAUUGAAUUGUAUUUGCAUGCGGCAAAGUUACCUUCUAGGGAAUCUCUUGUGUCGUCACCUUCAUCGACAAGCAUCUCGGCACAUACUAUUCAAGAGCUCAAGCCUUACAUAUCAGAGUUCCGAGCAGCUGGGCUCUCUGUCACAUCGGCUGAGCAGAAAGGAAUGGCCAAGUUGCCAAAGGGCUUGACGCCUCCACCAACACCCUCGAAAGAUGAGAAGGUCGAACAAAAGAGAUCAUCGCCUGCGAAGAAUAGCUACAAGGCCAAAGUAACCCAAGCGAAUACGCAAAGUGCUUCGAGGAAUAAACAUGCAUCCUACGCGUCUCAGUCUACGGGCAGUACUGUCCUCGGCUGGACUCCGCCUCACGAAAGAAGUUAUGGUCGACCGAAAGUUAAAGCAAAAUCGCCAUCCGAAACUUCAUCCGAUCAUACAAUCAUUGGGUUUACUCCUCCGCACGAGCUCUACGCUUCACGGAGGCAAGCGCCGGUAAGGCCUCCUCCAUCACCACCUCAGCCGACGACGAAGAAGUCUCUCCCAUGGCUCAGCCGACCUGAGUCUUCACCUGAGAGAUCUCCCACUCAGAAAAGGAGUGUUGUUUCUACGAAGGUAGAGGAACGGAAAUUCUCUACUCCUCUUACUGGCUGGGUCGAAAAUUUUGAUAUCGUCGAGUCUCUGGAUAAGAGGAAGGAAGAUGUCCUUACAGGGAAAGACCAGCCUACUGUUCCUCCUCGACCUACUGAAAAGAGCAGACGGGUAGAUCGUGCCCAACCGGCUUAUGAGGAUAUGGGAACGCAGACAGAAUUUACUACAGCAGUCUCUCGCCAUGCAGACCAGUACAGUCUCGAACGGUCUCCGCUCCUUAGCGAUCCUAGCAAUAAUUUUUCACUGAAGGCAAACCAAUCCAAUGCUGAUUGUGUCCAUCAGUCCGAGGAGCCCCUUGUCUCAGCUCCACCACAGAGAUCAUCUCGGCCAUCGAGAUUGAUGUGGAAAAGGGUGGGAGAGGGAACGCAAACCAUAGGCCCUGAUUCUGAGCCGGAGCCAGGCUCUGGUGUUCAAGAGAUGAAGCCCAUAACCGACCACAUCAAAAACCCUUCAUUCCAACCUGAUGCAAAGCCCGGAGAGCGCACCCGCAAUUUUUCAUUCCUAACGGCGCCCACUCAACCAGACGGAUCUUAUCAGGCACCUCGAGUAUACAGAAGUCACCCAAAAAGUAUUGAGGAGAGGGGGCGAAAGUGGACUCAGGUUCUGAUGGAUCCAGUGGAACCCAGUACUCAUCCUGCCAAACUUGAGUGUUAUCAGGCCGGACGAAAUCCACCGUCUCCGCCACUAUGCACCAGGUGUGCGCCGCCACCAGUAUGUGCUCAAUGUGCUGGACCCUUGGAUCGGUCAAAGGUGCAGCCAGAACCUCAGCUAUUUCCCGAGCCGAGACCACAACCAGAAGCCUCGCACCCUGUGACGAGUCGGAUGCAUGCUUGCACUGCGAGAGGAUCUAUCCAGUGUCAGCAGUGUUUCCCGUCGAGACAGGUUUCUGCUGCUAUAUCAGCCACUUCCGUUUCCCCGGUGGAAGUACCACCCGUCGAAGUAUAUUACAUGGAUGCGUCCAGCAGAUCAACUCGGCCAAUUCUUCCUGCCACAGCUUGGACAGGCCCGGAGGAAGUUCCAAGUCCUCCAACCGUGGAUAAUGUACUACCCGAGUCUCCCCGAAGUUAUGCUUCUCCGGAAAGAGCUCAAGUGCAAAGUACGGUCGAAAAGGCAAUAGAGGAACUUGCCAAACGUAAGUCUUCACAGAGCUCGUUUUGCAUUCUCUUGACUGUCCCGAAAACCCCUGACGACAUGUUCGCCCUCCUCCCUGACAACGGCAUUGUAACAAUUGCUGAUGCCCGUCGUGUAGAAGAAGCUGUCGCCGACCCGGUGAAACGACGUUCCCUGCCAAGACUCGGUUUCAGGGCGGAACCGACGUGGAGGCGCAACGUCCCUGCAGAUGAGGUAGCUUCCCUGACAAGCUCGGCUACGGCGUCCUCGGUCGAUAGUUACACUCCCAAACCUGGCGAGUUAAAAAAUAAGGAUGUCUUCAAGGGCUUACACGUAGUCACAGCUGCCGCUUGCGACGAGGAUAUUGACAGAUGGAUUGAAGAACAGACAGGAUCCAGUGUUCGAAAGUUCCUGGCCGCUCUCAGCAUCUUUGACAGGCUCGGGGUCAACACGCUGUCGGGCGUAGCGAGACGAGCGGCGAAGCAGAGGCGAGACAAAGUCAGAGCUUGGGAGGCGGUGAGGGAGCGGAGACGGCAAGAACAAGUGGGGAUUGGAGAGGAUUUUGUUAUUGGGGAUCAGGGCGUCUUUGUUGAACCGGCGAGUGAUCUGAAGAGCGAUUCUGGGGCCGAGGGUGACGAGGAGCGACACGGUGGCUAUGAUCCGCCGGUUGGCCUUUAA